UCUGCAUCCCUCUCUUUUUUCUCUUCCUCUCUGUCUCAGCUCCACUCUCCCUGGCUCCUUCCUCCUUUUAUUGCACUUCCAUUUCUCCAUCUGUCACUCCCAUUGUCUUCCACCGCCACCUCUCCUCUCCCUCUCCCUCCUUGCUUCUCUCCUAUAUCUCUGUCUGUCUCUCUCUCUGCAUCCGAGUCGUUCCCCCCCCCUUCUCUCUGUUCUCCUGCCCUAUCAUUCAUCCCCUCAUUCUCAUUCUCCUGCUGGUGUUUCUGUGCGUGGUGCCGAUUGGCUGCUGGGAUCCUUCCUGGAGUAGCUGACACCCCACUCCAUCUACCUAACCCUUGCAGACAAGCCCCCACUCCGGCAGAUGGCAAGGGGAGCGUGGGGAGUUUGAGGUCUGUCAAGCCACCAGCGUGAGCGGCCUCACAUCCCUGGAGGGACGCAAGCACAGCCGGCUGGCCAUCAGCAGGUGCAUGAGUGGGGCACAGGGCUGAGGAGGAGACAUCCCACGUCAGUAAAAGAGGGGACAAUGGGCAGGUCCAGGAAGAAAGACUUGCAUCUCUGAUAGUACGUUUUGGGACUUGCUCCCUCCUGGGAUUGCUUUGCUCAAAUUGCUUUUAGCAAAGGGGAAGGGGAAAAAUAUGACACGGAUUCUCCUGGUGAAGCAGAGGAAAAUGUACAUCCCAACGACACACUGCUAGCUGAUCCUGCAGGGAGACUGUCCCGUCCCUCUUCCCUGUCUCUGAUAUGGACGCGUCUGCUUUCAGCCUCCCCACCCCGCCAGAGUCAGAAGAGAAGAAUGUUUCUGGCAGCUGGGCAGGCUCCACCAGUGCCAACGGUUCCACCACCACUAGCCCUGGUGUGGUUGUCAGUGGUGUUCUCAUCCCCCUGGUUUACCUCAUUGUCUGUGUUGUGGGGCUGGCUGGGAAUUCUCUGGUCAUUUACGUGGUCCUGCGGCACUCCGUGAGUGAGUCGGUGACCAACGUCUACAUCUUGAACCUGGCCCUAGCUGAUGAACUCUUCAUGCUGGGCUUGCCCUUCCUGGCUGCACAAAAUGCCCUGUCCUACUGGCCCUUUGGGUCCUUCAUGUGUCGCCUGGUGAUGGCCGUGGAUGCUAUCAACCAGUUCACCAGCAUCUUCUGCCUGACAGUGAUGAGUGUUGACCGCUACCUGGCUGUGGUCCACCCAGGGAAGUCCUCCAAAUGGCGGACGGCACGGGUGGCCAAGGCUGUGAGUGCAACUGUAUGGGUGCUAUCAUCCGUGGUGGUGCUGCCCGUGGUGGUCUUCUCAGAUGUCCCCUUAGGUAUGAGCACAUGCCACAUCCAGUGGCCAGAGCCUGCCUCGGUGUGGAGAGCUGGCUUCAUUGUCUACACUGCUGCCCUGGGCUUCUUUGGGCCACUGUUGGUGAUUUGUCUCUGUUACCUGCUCAUCGUUGUAAAGGUCCGUUCCUCUGGCAGGCGGGUGAGGGCUCUGUCCUCCAAGCACAAGCUCUCAGAGCGCAGGGUGACACGCAUGGUGGUGGCUGUUGUGGCUGUUUUCGUCCUCUGCUGGCUUCCUUUCUAUGUCCUCAACAUCAUCAAUGUUGUCUGCCCACUGCCAGAGGAGCCAUCCCUCUUUGGCGUUUACUUUCUUGUGGUGGUGCUGCCAUACGCCAACAGCUGCGCUAACCCCAUCAUCUAUGGCUUUCUCUCCUACCGCUUCAAGCAGGGCUUCCGGAGAGCCAUCCUCAGGCCAUCCCGCCGAGUCCAGAGCCAAGAGGCGCCACCAUGUCCCCCAGAGAAGACUGAUGAUGAAGAGGAAGAGGGGGAGAUUAGCAAGAUUACCCAGAAUGGAAAUGACAGACAGGAACACCCCCUCGGCAGUGGGGCAGGAGAAAGUAAUGAGCAAAAACCACUCCCUGAGGAGCCUGUGGGCUGUGAGAAGAGCAACAGGUUGCAUGUCAGUUAUUUAUGAUGAAAGGGAUGGUGCAGAGGAAAGAGAGGUUGGAAUAUGGGAUCCCCUUCAACUUCUGUGUUACUCCAGCUUGAAGCGGAUGGGAGAGGUUGCCACAAGGGAGGUACUAAAGGCCAAGACCGCUUAAAGAUGAAGAGGGCUCCAGGAGCCUGUGGAAAAGGCAAAACAUUGUAUCUGACUUUGGAAGGGACCCCCGGGUCUGUGUGGUACCAGAGAUAGGAAGGACUGUAUCCAGGGUAAGCUGGAGAAGUGAUGGGCAUUGACAACACAGAGAGAGGAAGGCCAGCAGCAUGAUCCAUCAUCAGAUUGCCCAACUGUGAAGGGCAACAGCUGCCAUCUGACUGUGGCACCUCAAGGAAGUCCUCAAAAUGGCACAUGGAACAUGUGGCCACAGCUACUGAAGGUCUAGAAUGGGCAUCCCAGUGCCAGAUUUCCCUGAAGGAAGAGCAGGAACGAAAAAUCUCUGCAGCUAAGACAUACCAACCAGUUGCAUGAAUGGCCGACCCUUCUCUUGCUCUGUCUUGGGGACUGCUUCCCCAGCUGCACUAGUCCUGGCUGGAGGCCACUCUGACUGCCCAAAGCCUCCUCUUUGUUUCUAGGGUUCUCAUAGGCUCUGGGCAGGCUGAUGAGACUUAUCUGGGGGAGCAAAUGCAACACUUCUUUCCUGAAUUCUGCACUUCUCAGGGCUUUCUUGGUGCCUAUGCACCAUGGUGGAAGGUAUAACAAGGGUGGAAAAGAAGCCAACGAGGCAUGGGUUGGGGGCAGAGUUUCUUAAAAGAAAUGCUCUUUCUCCUUUCCUUUCCCUAAGUUUUACUGUAAAUAAACAAAAAGACUUUGGACUUAAAGACCAACUGGGCAGAAGCGCUCUGUGUUUAGGGGAGGGAGAAUGCUAUAGAUUUGGGUCUCCUGAGAAUAUACACUAGUACCUAAAUGUUUGUAUGACAGAUUGAUCUCUGUAUGGAGGGGUGCUUGGCUGGUACAGGAGAUCAAGGCAUGUAUCAGUCCUUGGGGAGGGCUACAGGGGAGGGAAUUGGGGUGAUACUAUGAACUAAUUUAUCUUGUGGGGAAUGGUUGAGUAUUUGGCUCAGGAUGGAGAAGAAAUUAUAUGUCUGCAUGUGUAUAUAGGGGGCUGUAUGGGAAAGUUUGAUCCCUGGAUUGUAUGGGUGGGGGGGUGUCCAUAUGAGUGCACAGGACUGGCUGGGUAAGCCUUGGAAAUGAGUUUCUUAGCAGGGAGAAGCUGGAAAGAAUUUGUGGCGGUACAAUUGCACACUCUAAGGGCACAAGGAUUAGAUAUGCCCAAACGCAGGUGUGUGAGAUAUUUGCUUUCCAGGUGCCAGGAAUUUAUCUGACUCUGAGAAUGGCUGAAUAGGGUCAGAGACCCAGCAGCCAGUGCUGUGGGGCCAGUGGGGGCUGGGCUGGGCACUGAUGUUAAUCUGCAUGUGUGUAAGUGUGCGUGUCUGUCUGAGUGUGGCUCAGUGUACAUAUGUGUACAAGUAUGCAUAAGGGGUAUAUGUGUUUAUAUAAGCAUAUACAAAUGCAGAGGAGGGAGUAUGUUUACGUAAUUGUGGGAUCUUUAACAGUUGAUUUGUUUGUGUAGGCAUGCAAGUAUGUAUGGAAGUGUGUGCACGUAGCUAGUUGUGUAAGAGUGUGAGAGGAUGUGUGUUAGUGUGUGUGUUUGCUUGUGCAUAUCUGCUGGUGGAUGGAAGUUGUAGGUGGGUCUGCCUGAGUGUGCAGGCUACAGGAGCAGCGAUGUACAAAUGUGUGGGGGAUGAA